AUGCCGACCGACUCCCCGAGCACCCCGUCCCAGGGGCGGCGCGAGGUGGCCAUGGGUCUCAUCCGGCUCGUCCGCGAGCUCACCGACUUUCCCAUCCACAAACACGCCGCGCACGUCAUUCGGAAGGUGAGCCACCAUCCGGUGACCGGCGUGUGGCGCGCGGAGGGGUGGAAGACGGGCGAGCAGCACAGGUUCCGCCUCCAGAUUCGCAGAGUGCUCGGCACGAACGUGGACAUCAACCGGCUGUUCGAGCGCCUCCAACCCGCGCGAUGGACCGGCGACGACAUCGCCGACGCGUUCUGGACCUUCUUCCUCCGCAACGUCUACGGCGCGACCGCCUUUCCCGACGUCGUCGACGUAAAGCGCGAGCUCCUCGUCAAGAAAACCACCCUCACGCAACACGCCGGCGCACGCUCCGCCUCCGCGACGGGCGCCCGCGGGAAAAACACCGAACCGUACGUCCUCAGCGACGUCUUCUUCCACCGCCGCGGUCUGAGCCGCGACGCCUUCGUGCGUGCCCUCGAGGCGUGCGUGAAGCACCCGGAUACGACCUUCCCGGGCUGGCUCGCGGCGGCGGGUUGGGACGACGUGACGACGGGACCGCGCGACCCGGCGGAGUACCUACUCCCGGAGGACCCACCCCCCUCGAAAGAACCCUCCUCGAAAGAACCCUCUCUCAAAGAGACGGGCGAUGAGAAGAUCGUCCGCCACGUCGGACGCGGAAAGAAGCGCGGGCGCGGGGACGAGGCCACGCACGCCGGGGAGGUCAGCGAGACAGACGGCGCGUCGGGGGCGACGGACGCGACGCGCGUGAGCGCCCGCGUCGCGAGACGGGGAAAAAUAAAAACGGUCGAUAAAAACGGUCGUCGGUCGCUCGGGUCUCUCGCGGACGACGACGACGACGACGCCGACGACGCGCGCAGCGCCCCGGGGCGUCGCGCACGUCCCGACGACGCCCCGACCGUCACAUCCGAUGGGACGCGAAACGGCGCGGGGAAAGGGACGCGAACCGCCGCGGACGAAGACGGACAAAGUCGAAGACGACUCGUCGUCGCCGCCGCUUCUCUCGCGGCGGCGACGCAGCUCGGCGACGUCGAAUCCGUCGCCGCCGCCCUUAAAACGCUCGUAACGCACGCGUCGCCCACCACCGCACUCGCGGCGUUCGACGCGGCGACCGACGUGGGCGACCGUUACUUCGCGUCGCUCGCGGCGGACGUGUUCGCGGAAUACAACCGCGAUUUGAUGGCCGACGACGGCGAUUUGACGUGUACCGAGUCGGUGUUUGACGACGACGCGUCCGUGUUUGACGAGGGGGAUGUCAUGACGUCGAGGGUUCGAACCCUGGAGGCACCGCCGGUGGAGGACGCGGGGAUCGAGAGGCUGUGCAGCAUACCCGAGGAUGCCGAGACCGACCUGCUCGGCGACCUCCUCGCCGCGUCGCCCCGUUAUUAG